GGCAAGAACACUUAGCUAGGAACAGCUAGCGAUGGCCAUUCUUUGUGGGCGGCGGCAGCAGCGGGUGGUCGUGGCGGCGGCGGCGUUGAUGGCGGUGGCGAUGGCGGCGGCGCGAGCGCAGGAGGCGCCGUCGCCGGGGCUGUACCCGAGCAAGAUGUUCCGGUCGCGGGAGUUCGGGCGCGACUUCGCGAGCCUGUGGGGCGCGGAGCACCAGCAGCAGCAGGAGACGGGGCCGCGGGGGGUGACGGUGUGGCUGGACUCGAGGUCCGGCAGCGGGUUCAAGUCGCGGCGAGCCUACCGGAGCGGCUACUUCGGGGCGUGGGUGCGGCUGCAGCCCGGGUACACGGCCGGGGUGAUCACCGCCUUCUACCUGUCCAACGGCGAGGCCCACCCGGGGCGCCACGACGAGGUCGACAUGGAGUUCCUCGGCACCACGCCGGGGCGCCCCUACACGCUGCAGACCAACGUCUUCGCCCUCGGCUCCGGCGACCCUCCCCGCUCCCUCGGCCGCGAGAUCAAGUUCCACCUCUGGUUCGACCCCACCGCCGACUUCCACCACUACGCCAUCCUCUGGACUCCCGCCCACAUCAUCUUCUUCGUGGACGACGUGCCGAUCCGGCGGUACGGGCGGCGGGGCGGCGGCGAGGCGGCGGCGGCGGCGUUCCCGGUGCGGCCGAUGUGGGUGUACGGGUCGAUCUGGGACGCGUCGUCGUGGGCGACGGAGGACGGGAGGUACAGGGCGGACUACAGGUACGAGCCGUUCGUGGCGCGGUUCUCGGGGUUCCUCCUCCGCGGCUGCUCGCCGCACGCGCCGCGGGGCUGCGCCGCCCCCCUCGCCGGCGACCUCACCGCGCGCCAGCUCGCCGCCAUGCGCUGGGCGCAGCGCUUCCACAUGGUCUACCACUACUGCCUCGACCCCAAGAGGGAUCACUCCCUCACCCCGGAGUGCCGCCGCCACUAGAAAGCUACCCUACCCUACUCACUCACUCGACGACAAAGCUAUACUAGCUCGACGUCAUGCGUGCGUGCAUCUACGUCACCCUGUAAUAGCUACUAGCAAUGUUGUAUCUUGUCUACUAUUAGCUGCUUGUACUCUUGUUUUAAUAAUUUGUUUGUGAUCGAUCGAAUCAUUUCUUUCUUCUCGAGGUUUUUAUAUGUACUGUAUA